GGGCCGGGCCAGGGACCGCGGCCUAAAGGCGCCCGAGGGCCGGGGGGGGAGGAGAAGGCGGCGACAUCAUCUCAGGAAGUCCAGAUCUCCAUGGAAACCGGGUCCGGAAGGACGCGUUACCAUGGCGCCAGGGAUGGGCCUCGCGGGCCGCGAUGGAGCCGGCGCCCGAGCCCGAGCGGGGCCCGAGCUGCCUGGCCUGGAGCCCCCGCGAGGUGGCGGCCUGGGUGGCGCGGCUCGGCUUCCCGCAGUACGAGGACUGCUUCAUCGCCAACAGCGUCACAGGCCGCAAGCUGGUCCAUGUGCACUGCCGCAGCCUGCCGCAGAUGGGCAUCACCAAUUUCGAGCAUAUGAAGGAGAUUUCAAGGCAUGUGCGGGAACUGUUGGGGAUUACAGAGCCUCUCUGGAGCAGAAGCAUUGCCCUCCCCUACAGGGACAACAUGGGCUUGUUUCUAGAGCACAAAGCCCCAACUGGCAAGACAGCAGAUGCCCUCACCUUCUCCAAGUUUGUUCAUGAAGCAGGACUGAAACCAUAUGCCAUAACUAUGUCUUUGCAAAAAGCCCAAACUGAUCUGAACACAGACAAUCUCACCAUUUCCCCGUGCAUCCAAGAAGCAAAAACAGAGCCACAUGCUAUAAUUCCACUCUGAAAAACAGAUCAAGCUACUGGACAAACUGAUUCUUUUGCUGCGUCUCUGGCUGUCCCACUUUCUUCAUAUUAAAGAAAAGGUGCUUUA